CUGCAGCAUCCAGCAGUCAGACCAGCUCUCCACAACCUCAAGGCCACGCUCGCAGCUUUGGCAGCAUGGUCCUGGAGACAUCGGCCGCCCUCCCAUAACUCUCCUCCUCAACACUCAGUCAUACACUCGACGAUGGCGUCCCUACUCAUCGUCAUCUUCGUUGUCGAGCUGGCCAUCGCUGUUGUGAACAGCAUCGGCGCAGCAACCAUCAACGACCUGCUAUGGAAGCUCUACAUCGCGACCCCGCUGGGCACCUCGAAGCAGAUCCGCGACCAGCGCGAGCUACAAGCACGAUACCUCGCGGUGCGGAAGGACCUCAACGCUACGAGCAGCCAGGAUGAGUUUGCCAAGUGGGCAAAGCUUCGGAGGCAGCAUGACAAGAUGCUGGAGGAGCUGGAGAAGAUGAAGACCGGCAUUGACGGCUCCAAGGCGGCCUUCGACAAGACCGUCAGUUCGGCGCGGUGGCUCGGCACGUCUGGACUGCGCUACUUCCUCCCGUUCUGGUACUCCAAGACGCCCAUGUUCUGGCUGCCUCACGGCUGGUUCCCAUACUACGCCGAGUGGAUCAUCUCGUUCCCGCGGGCACCGAUGGGCAGCGUCAGCGUCGCGUCGUGGCAGCUUGCGUGCACGGGGGUGAUCACGCUGGUGGCAGAUACAAUCACGGCCAUCGUCAGCCUGGCAGCGGCGGCAAUGCAGAGCAAGGGCAAGCAGGCCGAGAAACCCGUCAAGGCUACAGCCGACUCUACGAGUUCACAGGGGGAGAAGGACGGCAGCAAAAAGGAGUUAUAGUAAUCUGCAUGGCUAUUCUGUAAACUGGGGUAGUUGUUCUAGACGUGGACACACGACGAAUGUCUGUCUCUCAGCAAUUUUGACGCAGAGUUCUUCAUAGCCGGAGCUGAAACUCAGCAACACGAAGUGAGAUGACUCUUGGCAGAGUGCUUGGGCUCGUUCUGGGCAACACUUUGACUCUAACAACCACUGAGGAAAAAGAUUGCUAAAGCUUCGAAAGUGCCCACAUCCAUCCUGGGGAUGUUUGGUCCUGUCUGGUUCUCGGCGGGCCGUGCUGGCCUGCUGAGAGCCGCAGGCUGAAUUCUCAACCGACCUACCGUGGUGCUCGUCCACCUUCAAGUCAAAGUCUAAAGACUCAGAAGGGUUCGAAAGCGAAAUGACCAGUGUUCACAGGACAGAGGCCGUGAAAGGCUGGUUCUGGC